GAGCAUCUUGAAUUGGAGGUAGUGAAUCGACGACUUUAGUUGGGAAGUGGAUUCACUGCUCUGUACUGGUUUAGAACCCAGUAGAGGAAGUUUGAAUCUUAUUGCCUCAGUUAGUUUACGUCGGUGGAGGUUAAUCGCAUGCCGGUAUUCAAACUGAGAGGGUCUGGAGCACUUUAGUCGAGACUCCAGACUAUUUGAGAACUUUCCGCGGUUUAAACAUCAAUCAACUGGGUUUAGGUGAAUUACAGCUUGGCAUAACAGGGAUUUAGGAGCACUCAUACUUGAGUGAACCUUCUUAACUUGAAUCACAACCUUACUACUUUGUGUUUGCUCAGAUUAGUUACAACUUCACUACAUUGAAACUACUAGAUAGCGAGAACUUCAUGGAGUAGUCAUCACAUCUACGAUUCGGGUUGAAAAGUAAAGCUAAACCCGAUAUACUACGCAUUAGUUUGUGGUUACACUUGGCCACUUUCUAGUGUGACGGUAUUGGCGAGUCAAGUUUUUGGCGCCGUUGCUUGGGACGGCUAGCUUGUUGAAGAAACGUUAUUUCUGUAUUUCUGUUACUUUAGCAUUUCCUUUCUGCAUUUUUUUUUGUUAAUUUUUUCCCCACUUUUGCCUUCAUGGGUUUGCCUGCAGCUUGUGUGCAGGUAGUGCAUAACUCGUAGACAGUCAGAGGAAUUAUUGUUGUUGGAUCAGGAACUUGAACUGACUUGUCAUCAGUUUAAUAAAGCACUACGAGCGAGACUAGAUGCGUAGGAAGAGCAAGUCAACUACCAGAUCAAUAGCCACUCUGAGUAGGAGGACGACAUGGGAGAUGAACAACCUGAAUCAGGGAAAACCUCAUCUAGGGAUGCCCCUCCAGGUCCCUCCAUUGAAUCAGCCCUGACACGUCCCGCCUCUUUUCAAAAACCAACCCAUAACUCAAACCAGAAACCGGUUACUCCGGAGCAACCCAAACCACUUUUUAAAAUAAACAAACCGACAUCAUUUAAGAAUUUUUAAAAGCCCCAACACGGGCAAUAUUCUCAAUGUUAAACACUUAAAACGACUUAACACAGAAUCUCCAGUUUAUACUAAUAACCAUGAAACAAAAUAAUUAACAAAUCUAACUUGACUCCUCACGAGCUUUUCAAUAUCCCGACGACGCUGGUACUGUUGCUCGCCUCCCCUGCUUCUUCUCAUGAACCACUUCUGCUAGACUAUCCUCAACCUGGUGAGUGACAAGGGGCCAGUCUCGUCGUUACUUCUUAAGGUUUUUGCCCUAGCCAAACUCCUUACUAACACAUUCUUAGGGGAAUGCCUUCCUAGCAUGAAAGUCGUUCUCGCUUUCUACUCUUAAAUAACCAUUCAUAUCAACUCAUCUCAACAUUAACUCGUAAAAGUUCUCGACCUCUAUCCUUAUCUCAACACAAAACACUAGGACCACUGCGUUACGUCUCACCGUCCGGUGUCCUACCCUAGUAUGCCAACCGCGUUACGUCUCGCCAUCCGGUUGCAUACCCAAACUCGGCAAUGGCACUGCGUUACGUCUCGCCGUCCAGUCCAUGCCCGUCAACUACUGCAUUACGUCUCGCCGUCCAGAGGCAGGAGUUCGAGGGAUAGAGGUGUGCAUGCCAUGGAGACCAGAUCAGUCCUUGAAUGGGAAGUGGCAGAGCUGGUUCAGCAUUGAAGCAACCUAACAACCUCAUACAAGGUAGAGACAUGGCGGCGCCUCCGGUAGCACAGUGUCAGUGGUGUGAGAGCUCCAACCAUUUGGUGGAGGAAUUCCAGGCCAUGAGGGAAUCUACCACCCCAGAGGAGCAGUUGGACUUCAUUGCGAAUGUUUGGAUCCUCUACCCCUACGAUGAUACUUAUAUUGCUAAAGUUCACGGUCUUAGGAGACCGUAAACUGCCUCGUUUGGUCGUGAACUGCGGCUGUUUUUUCGGUUUGUGCGCUUUUUGACCUCCAAAUAUCCCAAAACUCAUCCUCGACCCUUCCACACGUGCUAGGACCUGAAAUGUAUCAAAACAAGCACAACCUAGCGUGAAAUAUGUCGAGGAACUAUGAAUUACUAAGCUAAAUGAAUAAGAAAUGUUGGGUAAAAUGUGUACAUUUGAGCCAGGGAUCAACGACACCGCGAGCUGAGCCCUUGAUCUGAGUGUCACGAGUUUAACAAUGCCGUGAAUUUGGAGGUUUUCUCCAAAACACACCACGAGCUAAAAUAUCGUAAUGAAUUAUGAUGUGGUGAGUUCAGCGGUGCUGUGACUUUCACAAAGCUACGAGGUCAUUGUUGUUAUCAUGGCUAAUAAAGUUACGAGCACAACAAGGUUCUUUAACUCACGGCAUCGAUGUUGUUAGGUCAACGACAUCGCGAGUUCAAAGAUGUCGAGAGGUUGACGGAGUUGCAAGCUUAUCAAUAUGAGGAGUUGGAUGGUGUUGUGGGUCAAGGCAGACAUCGUUGUUUAAUUAAAACAUCCUCGCGAUUCUUACAAGAUCGUGGUGUCAACAACACUAUUGUUUAGUUAAGCACGAUGUUACACCUGCGAAGAAACAAUGUCGUUGUUCGAACAACGGAGUUGUUGGGUUGUGUUGCAGCUCAUUUGUGUUCAGUGUGUAAUUCAAGUGGAGAGAAGAGCAUAAAUGAGAUCGAGGAUGUUGAUGAGUGAGGGGCGUGGCAACUGCAAGACGGUUGCACAACGUGAGGAUUACAAAGAUGCUUUUGAUAAAAGCGUUGGAGCAAGGAGAGAGAAAGGGAGAUAACAAAAAAUAAACACAGAACAACUCUGUCAAAACUUUACAUUUUUCUCUGUAACUACUUUGCGGAGCUCUCCUUCCAUGAAAGAUCUUCAUAGUCGUAGUCGUAGUGUAGUUGCGGAACUCUCCACAAGAAUCUCCAUAGGAUUAGUCUAAUGUAGAUCCCACCAAAAAUCUCAAACACCCUCGUUCGAACAUUGUUUGGAGAGGUGUGACCGAGUAACAAUCUUCUUGGUUUUCAUAAGUCAUAGGUGAAAUAAUCAAAUCAACAUCGCCCGAAAUAAUUUCGCACCCCCGGCGGUGGAUAUUUGGUUUCCCGUGAAACAAAAUCAAUACCAGAUGAGGAGGAUCGAGUAACGUACCAUGAUCAUCAACGAUUGACGAUAAUGUGGGUUGGUUCGAGGGGAAUAGUUGGUAACCCACUUAAUGUAUUUAAGUAGUUACACGACUUAAUUGAUUUACGUUCAAGUAUUCAUAUGAUUUCCAUUUUAUGUUAUUAUGAUCACUCGUUAAAUUAUGCUUCCGUAGGAUUUUACUUUAAGUUUAUUUAUUUGAAUUCCUUAUAUUUUAAUGAGCAUAGCAUUGAAACCUUUCAAGGAAUUUAUAGAAUUUAUUCAAGAAAUUAUUGGCUAUUUU